UUAGAAGCUUUUGUUUAAUUUUCAAUUUGCAACAAAAAGUAAAGCAGUAAACAUGUUUUCGAUGUCGAUUUUAAUUAUCUCCACGUUUGUGUUGAGCAAUGCUCUUGUUCUUGAAUGUGAAUACAAAGUACAAGAUUUUUGGAUGGCAAGCAACCUUUAUCAUUGCGCCAACGCAAGAAUAAUUUUUGUCGGUGAUCCAAAUAAUGUGACAGAAGUA